AUGAGUUUCCUUUCCAGAGCUUCCAAGCCUUUCAUUAUGCUAAUGACCUGGGCUUUUCUGAUCAUUAUGAUCCAUACUACCGAGGCCUUUCAAAUGAAUCAUCCAUCAUCUUCUUCUUCACUGGUGCUGCAGCAACGCCAAGAAUUCUCACCCUCAUCCACAACAAGUCGUCUUUUCAGCAGCUCAUCCAUCGACUUUUUCUUCCCCGUGCCAUUUGACAAUAAUGGGCAAGACUACUAUCAUACCGGUACUGAUGCUGGCACUGUGGAGGAGGGACCUUCUUUGGAACUUUACGUCGGUGACUAUUACAAAGACGAACAGAAGAACAAUGACAAUAAGAAGAAACCGUUGUUUUCCAAGUUUCGGUCCUUUUCCAAGGGUCUCACCAAACGACAAGAAAGUCAAAAGAUGAACCAACAAGAAAUACAGCAAAAAGAACAACAGCUACAACAGCAGCAGCAGCAGCAACAACAACAGCAACAGCAACAGCAACAGCAACAACGACCCCGAAGACAGCGGCCGCAACAACAAGUAGAAGAUCAGAAAGACAAAAGCAACAAGAACAGUGACAUUCAAUGUUACCUAGUCAAUUAUGAUGCCGUCCAAAAUGAGGGCGCCAUCCCAGAAGUCUAUUGCACCUCCGACAAGGAAGAAUUUGCCUGGUACCAUGGAUGGGACGUCGACGAUUUGAUCCCUACCGAUAAGAUGCCGACGCUUGCCCUCGACUUUUUCGAAUGUGCCGAAGGAGCGUCCCAUCGAGGCAAUCCAGAAUGGGAAUGCAAAGUGAAGGAAGAUGAUGAUGAUGGUGAAGAGAUGGAUUGGAAGAACUUUGGAAUUUGA